UUACCUAGGUACUGGCUUUCCCAUGGCGGCCAGCAAUCCACGUGCUACUGGACGAGGUUCUGGGACAUCUUCCGGUGGUGAUCUGUCCAUCUUGGGAAUUACCAUUCCGGAUCACCUAGACCUGGUACUGGUGGUACUGAUGUCGCUGACAUGUGAGUCUGGUCUCGGCGUCAGCAAGACGUUCGCGGCAGAUUACGGAUCAAGUUCUCAUAAGAGGUUCUGUUUGAUGCCCAGCGGGUAUGCAUGUCGGCCUUGGUACGGCCGUAGAGGUAUUUAUGCACGUAUUCGUAACCUCCAACAGGCCUUGUUCCCGGCUUGUUCGAUGUUUGGGUCAACAAUCAACAGAAGCUCAUAACCCUUGCAUCUCCUUGCAUUCUUCCGUGAUAUAUUAGACAGGCUUUCAAUCGAGAAGAAAGCGACUCGACAAUUAGACAUCAACAUCAAUGGCACCAGCAACAGAAGUUGCAAUUCUCCCUCUCGCAGAGGGUCAGGAUCCAGAUGACUCUACCAGUGCUGCCGGACAGACGCUCAAAGCAUGUCUCGAAACAGUCUCAAAGCAGGAUGGCUGUCAACGUGUUUACUGGGGGAAGCAGGUCGAGAACCAGUCGAUAGGCGUGGCUUUCAUUGACUGGGAAAGUCUUGAUCACCACAAGAGAUUCAUCGAGUCGGAAGAGUUCCCAUCCUUCAUGGGCCAGUUGGGAUCUCUGGUCAGUGGUCCUGGCGCACUUUACCACGUCCACUUUGAUGACCACCCGGCCGUUCCGGCUCUCGUCGGCGAUGGUGUGCACGUAACUGAAUUUCUCACUGUAUACUUCCCUCAGGACUACUCCUCGGAUGACCAGAAGGCCUUUGAUCAGAAUGUCCAGAAAUUCCUCGAUGUCACCAAGGGCAGUGCGGAAGGCUUCAAGGACGCUCGUGCUGGUUGGAUUGUGGAAGACCUUGAUGAUCUUAACAGCUCCGAGAAGCGCAAAGCCUGGACUGCGUUGGUCGGUUGGGAUAAAGUGGAAUCACAUCUGAACUACAGGAAUACCUCAGCAUUUCAAGACAAUGUCCACCUGCUGAGAGGAGCAAAAGACUUGAAGGGUCUGGUCAAUGUUCACGUAGCCGUGAAGGAGUUCAAGCAGUAGGGCAUAUGUGUAUACACCACGGUUGAGAAACUGUACCAGCGACACUGCGCAGUGAGUGCCGAGAUCACAGGAACAUGGAUGCUGGAGUUGGCAGGCAGGACGGACGCAAUGAUACCUCUCUAGUUGAAGAUCCUUGAACACUGCAGUAGUAAACCCGCGCCAAGCCGGGAUGCCAUGCGAAGUCCCCCGCGUUAGAUGAUCACCUACAAAAAAAGUUGCAAAGCAGACAGGU